AUGUCAUCCCAACCACCAAAAGACCACCUCACCACCCUCUCCACCCACAUAACCACCCUCACCCAAAAAGUCACCCAACUCCGCGCCUCCCUCUCCCACUGGCAGCAAUGGUACCUCGAAUACUCGUCCCUCAAAGAAGAAAUCUCCCUCCUCCCCUCGACCACCCCCACCCCAGUUGAAUCCCUCCGCCGCAUCCGCCGCGACUUCUCGGGCAAGGUCCUCACCCAAAAGGAAAUCAACGAGAUAAUGGGAAAGACUGAUUUUCGAGAGGUGGAUCAAAUGCUCAGCUUGUUGACUCACAGGAUUGAUUACGUAGAGGGGAACAUCAAUACUGUGGGCAAAAUGCUAGAGCAGGAGGAGAAUCGACUGGCGGCGGCGGAGGUGGUGGCGAGCCCGGAUGUGCCGAGGGAUGAGGAGAGUGGGUUGCCGAUUAUGGAUAUUGUUGAGUGGUUGGAUGAGGAGGGAAAUGUGGUUGAUGCGGGGGUGCGGAGUGGGGGGGAGGCGGCGGGGAGGUUGAUGGAGGUUUUUGAGAAGGCGGGGGGGAUGUUGGCGGAGACGGAGGAGGAGGGGGGGAGGGCGAGGGGGGAGGUUGAGAGGGGGGUUGAGGAGGGGAAGGAGAAGAAGGAGCAAGAGAAGAAGAAGGCCACGCCAAAGGCUGUCGAGCGAAAGGGUGAACCGAAGGAGGUGGUGGCCAAUGGGGAGUCGAUGGUCGCCAAAAAGACGGUUACCUUUGCUGAGGGUACGAAGCUUGGACAUGCGGAAGGGGAAAGGUUGGAGAAGACGUUUGCGCAGCAGCAAUUGGAGCACGUCAUCAAGAUUGCUCAGGAGUCGCAGGCCAUGGAUAUGUCCAAGGCUGUUGUUCCGGAGGAUGAGCCGGAGGAGGAUGCCAAGCUGCGGCGGGAGAUGCUCGAGUAUAGCAUGUCGGAAAUCGGUCCUGUAGUCGCUGAACUCACCUUGGAAGAGGGCGAGUUUAGUGAUGACGAGGACUGGGAUAUGGAUGAUGAUGAGGAAGACGAUGACGAGGACGAUUUGGGGAGAUCCAAGCACAGCGUUUUGUCUUCUGACUACAUCCAACGCAUGCAGGAGCUCGAAAAGAAACUCGGAGUGAAAUCUGCGUUUAGCGCUCCUGUUCAGCAAGAACGAACGGUACCUGAUGAGGGUAUGGGGAGGAUCUCGGUCGUCAAGGAAUCGGCACCCAAGGCAACGACGAAGACUCCCAAGGAGAAGGCGAAAGCACCCAAGGAGGAGAAGAGCGUCAGCUUUGCGAUAGAGCUGGAUAUUGCUCCUACUACCACCACCACCCGGCCAGAUGCACCGGCAGCCCCCAGUAUCAAUCCCGUCGUCGACAUUGUGGAAAAGGUCACAGAUUUGACCAUGCAAGACGACGAACCAGAGGAACCACCCAAGCGUGUCUCGCGCUUCAAGAAAGAGCGCGCCACCGGUGGCCUCCCACCAGGGCCACACCAGCUGCCUGCAACGUUUAUCCAUAAAGCUGCCGCACCGCCACCCGAGCCGACACCGCCAGAGGAUACAACCAUUGCUCCCACCGUUGUCGAGAGACCCACCCCCGCUACAGCCGCCGAACCAGAUGACAUGGACGAGGCGAUGUUGUAUCAAGCCGCUGCGGUGGAGUAUAACCGCAUGAGGAACCAGCUGAUCCAAAAGCAGGGAGGGUUUAUUGAGGACCCGCCGCUGAAUGAGGACGGGUUGAUUGCGAAUAAUGACGGGCCGAAGAAGCUGAGCAGGUUUAAGCAGGCGAGGUUGAACAAGAUACAGUAA